AUGCAACUCAUGGCCAAAGAGAAGAAUGACCAGGCCAGUGGUGAGGAUGCGUCUCACCUUUCACACAUCGCAACAUCCGAGUCAGCCACAAGUGCCACGAUCCAUAUCCGCGUACCCAGUGCCUUCACCGCGAACGAAAUCAAAGAAAGGCGUCAAGCGUGGGCAAAAAUCUCCAUGCCACUUAAUCUUCACCGUCCCAGAAACUUUACGCCAACUAAACCCAAUAGCGGCUCUAUCAAGGAUGGUGACAAGCGUGAAGCAUACGCUGCUGAAUCAGAAUUAUCAACCCCGACACAGAAUGUGACAUUCACGCCUGAUACUGGCAGUGUCUAUGGACAAUCUCCUGGAAAGCCAGCAUCUCCAACACGUGUCCAGAAGGAUUCCUCUAUUCCCAGCUCAACUGGACCGACAGGACAAGAAACAAGGACCGAGGAGAACGUCGACCAGAACCAGGAACCGGCUACUGCCUCUUCUCAAACCGGCAAGACUGGAGUCCAGAGUGAGCCAGAUCAAAUCCAAGCGCCUAACUCCAUCGAACCAGACACUCUACUCCAAGUCUCAGACACAAACCGGCGUCCAGACAACGCACAAGCCUCUCAGUCAAAAGGGAAGGGAAAGGGUUCGAAACCGAAGUCGAAGAAGAAAAAGCCAAAACAUAAGAUGAUGUCUCAAGGCAACGAAUCCACCUCCCACACACGACAAAUCCGGACCUCGCCCCCACCCGUUGCCCCUGAGGCUACCCAAGCUCUCCGAGACGAUUCUGAGAGCGCGCCUCGCGACCCUUCAUCCACAAUCGUCGCCGACAACCAACUAUUUGAAGCAUUCUCCCCUACAAAGCGACAUCAUGACGACCCUGAAGAACGUUCUGAAUCGGGAUUUUCUAAGCGAAGCAAGAAGCAGGGGAACACCCAGGAAACGACUCUUGAUGAAUCCGACUCACCUGAUGAGGAUGCCCGCGGCCGUAAGGGAUACAGAGUCGGCAGGGGAGGUUCACUUCGUAUGGGCAAGACACGUCGACCCCGUGCCAUCAUGACUGUAUCAGUACUUGCAGAGCAGCCCAUGGACGCCCAAAUGUCACCUCCUUCGUCAGAUUUUGCCUUUCAAUGCCACAGCGCUUCUGCAUCUACUGGCUCACCAAGCCUGCGCGGGCCUGACAACAGUGCAAUCAGUCGAUUGAACCCCAAGGCACAGGAGUUUGUCUCACCAUCUAGAGUGACACCCAUUGACAAGCAAAUUGCUUCUGGUUCUAGCAAAGAUGAAGCCCUCGAUAAGCUUGUAUCCAAUGAUGCAACUGAUCGCAAACGAAACGCCAUCCAGGAACCACUGAAGUCCGGCCUAGGUGUACCUCCUAUCGAUGACUUCAUGCUUCCUGCAACCGAUAUUUCAACUCCAAAACAUCGACGGGCUCUCUCGGAAGCGGUUCAGAAAGAGAAGUUGGCAAACAACAAAGAGGGCGCAUGCCAGGGCCAGGUGAAGACACCAGGGAAAGGUCCUAAGCGAGCAAAGGGCAAAGAAAGAGCCGUUACACUCGGGGCGAAAAAAGAAAAGGUCGAGGGCACAGAGAACGGGACCCAGGAUACUCCUCGAACUCCCAAACAACCAGGCACCAAAACCAGGAAGCCUGGUCAGAUCAAUGAUGAUUGGCCUUCUCUUCCAGCAUCUCGGGAUCGCGCCCCUUCAAAGCCACAAACACCCCCGAUCUGGGGCGCAAAGGCAAAGACUGUCGUAGAAAAUGGCGACUCAACACAGGACUCUCCCGUAACCAAAGGAUGA